AGCUCUCUCAUCAGACCCCCGCAUGAUUGAUGUCCUUGGUGUAGCCAUGGGCAUCGAUAUGCAAGGUUUUUCGCGCGAAGACGGAUCUGAUGAGCUCCCGCCCGACUUUGAUAGAGAGCCUGUCCUUCCGCCCGGCUUUAAGGGAGACCCUAUCCCUCCCCGAAGGGCUGGAACACCUCGGAUGCCACCUUCAUUCACAUCGAAGACUCCGUCAGCGCCAGCACCAGCACCAGCACCAGCCCCUGAGCCCGAAGACGUUGAGAUGACAGAUGAGGAUGCUGAAGAGGCCAAAGCCAAGGCAGACGCGCUCGCCGCAAAGGCUAAGGGCGCAGAGCACUACAAGGCACAACGCUUUACCGAAGCCGCAGAAUACUUCAAGAAAGCUUGGGAUCUGUGGCCAAAGGACAUCACGUUCCUUGGCAAUCUCGGUGCUGCAUAUCUCGAGGCGAAAGAGUACGAUCAGUGUAUCGAAACGUGCGAGUUGGCUGUUGAGGAGGGCCGAGGACUCCGCGCAGACUACAAGAUUAUUGCCAAAAUCUUCGGCCGUAUUGGGACUGCGUACACCGCAAAGAACGACCUACCGUCUGCGAAGAAAUACUUCCAAAAGUCACUUUCAGAACACCGUGACGCUACCAUCCUCGCAAAGCUCCAAGCUACCGAGAAAGCCAUCGUCGAGAACGAGCGGCAGUCGUACAUCGACCCCGCCAAGUCUGCCACCGCACGUGAGGAGGGUAAUGCCGCAUUCAAGAGUGGUGACUUCGCAAAGGCCGUGAAAUUGUAUGAGGAGAGUAUCAAGCGCGAUCCUUCCGAUGCAAGAGGAUACAACAACAGAGCGGCAGCGUACAUGAAACUCAUGGCAUUGGCUGAAGCUCUAAAGGAUGCCGACAAAGCAAUCGAGGUCGAUUCCACAUUCGUCAAGGCAUAUAUCCGAAAAGCCACGAUCCUGCACACGAUGCGCGAGUAUAGCAAGGCUCUUGAGGCUCUACAGGCCGCGUCGUCAGCCGAUACCGGGAACGCACAUGCUCAUGAGAUUCAAGUCCAGGAGUCCAAGAUCCAGCAAGCCUUGUUUACUCAACGUGCCGAUGAGACGGAGGAACAGACCCUCGACCGAGCCAUGAAGGAUCCCGAAGUUGCUCAAAUCAUGGGCGACCCCGUGAUGCAGCAAAUUUUGCAGCAAGCGCAGGGCAAUCCUGGCGCAUUGCAAGAUCACAUGAAAAACCCUGUCGUACGCCAGAAGAUUAUGAAACUCAUCAACGCAGGAAUCAUCAAGACACGAUGAUCUGCGCAGUCAUGUCUGAUUCACACUAGUGUAGUUUCGUUUGUAUCAGUUCAAAUAUCAUUUUGCUUUAUCAACACUUUCAAC